AUCGGGUUUGGCAUUCGCAGGGCUUGGAUUUUAAAGAGCCUGCCACCGUGCAGUAUGGGAGGGGCCGCGUUUUGCCGAAGCGCGUGGGUACCAGCAGUUCUGCGCGCUCAGGCGCAGUGAAGUCAGCUGGACUCUCAGGCGCCGCUCCGCUCCGGUGACGGACAGUGAGAAGGUGCGGGACAGAAAUGCCAACCUGCGCAAAAGAACUGAGAGUCCGACAUGGGAAUACUGAGCGGCGCACGCUUGUUGGCGCAUAAUCCCGCCCGCCCCGCUGGCACGAGGAGGGGGCAAAUCUAGCCUGCCUCAAGUCAAAUCCUCCCAAAGAGGUUUAAGGAAAGCUGCUGCAGCCUUCGAGAAGGCACCCGGUGUCUUCGAUUUCUAGCAUUUAUGACAGGCGCUGUGUGGAGACAGAAGUAGAUUUUAAGACAGCUGAUAUUCGGAAUAGGCAUUGUCUCUGUCUCUGCGUCACGGCGCGCCGAUCGGUGCGUCCUGAAGGCGUGGGGUCGAAGCUGCCAGCGCGCACAGGUAUUUGAUCACACUGUUGAUUACGCAGGAAAUCUGGAGCCAUGACAGGCCCCCCGCAGGUCUCACAGCCCACCUGCUGACGGCACUGGGCAGGAUGGGAGUAGGUGUACCGUUUUCAGGAUCCCGAACCAGUCGAUUUAUCAAUGGAGGAGGAGAGUGACACCCGGAAAAUUAACAACAGCUUCCUACGCGACCACAACUAUGCAACCGAAGCUGACAUUAUCUCUACGGUGGAGUUCAACUCAUCGGGGGAGCUGUUGGCCACCGGAGAUAAAGGAGGCAGAGUGGUUGUCUUCCAGAGAGAGCAGGAGAGUAAGAGUCAGCCCCAGCGUCGAGGGGAGUACAAUGUUUACAGCACAUUUCAGAGCCACGAGCCAGAGUUUGACUACCUGAAGAGUCUGGAGAUUGAGGAGAAGAUCAACAAGAUCAAAUGGCUUCCUCAGCAGAAUGCUGCGUACUUCCUCCUCUCCACCAACGACAAGACGGUGAAGCUGUGGAAGAUCAGUGAGAGAGACAAGCGCCCAGAGGGUUAUAAUCUGAAGGAUGAGGACGGACGCAUCAGAGACCCCACAACCAUCACCACGUUACGGGUGCCAGUGCUGCAGCCUAUGGACUUGAUGGUGGAGGCUACACCCAGGCGCGUAUUCAGCAAUGCCCACACGUACCACAUCAACUCGAUAUCGGUCAACUCAGACCUUCAGACUUUCAUCUCCACUGAUGACCUCAGGGUGAACCUUUGGAACCUAGAGAUCACGGACCGCAGCUUUAAUAUUGUGGACAUCAAACCAACUAACAUGGAGGAGCUAACAGAAGUGAUCACCUCAGCAGAGUUUCACCCCCAGCAGUGUCACACAUUUGCGUACAGCAGCAGUAAGGGCUCGAUACGCCUCUGUGACAUGAGACAGGCGGCACUUUGUGACAAACACUGCAAAUACUUUGAGGAGCCAGAGGAUCCCUCCACACGCUCCUUUUUCUCUGAAAUAAUCUCAUCCAUCUCUGACGUGAAGUUCAGCCACAACGGGCGCUACCUGAUGACACGGGAUUACCUCACUGUCAAAGUGUGGGACCUACACAUGGAGAACAAACCACUGGAGACGUACCAGGUUCACGACUAUUUACGAGGCAAACUUUGCUCUCUUUAUGAGAAUGACUGCAUCUUUGACAAGUUUGAGUGUGUCUGGAAUGGAUCAGACAGUGUAAUAAUGACUGGCUCCUACAACAAUUUCUUCCGAAUGUUUGACCGGAACACCAAGCGGGAUGUCACUCUAGAAGCAUCACGGGAGAAUAGCAAACCCAGAGCCAUUCUAAAGCCUCGCAAGGUGUGUGUCGGCGGGAAACGGCGAAAGGACGAGAUCAGUGUUGACAGCCUAGACUUCAGCAAGAAGAUCCUUCACACAACAUGGCACCCGCACGAGAACAUCAUCGCCGUGGCAGCCACCAACAACCUCUACAUCUUCCAAGACAAGGUCAACUAAAGGGCAAAGUGUCCCUCCUGACCUCUGGCCUGCACGCUGAGGGGCUGUAGGGAGAGGUCAGGUCAGAGAAACAGAACUGGAGCCCUCAGCGACACCUUUCUCCUGCUCUCCCUACGGCAAGUUGUUGAUGCGCUGCUCCAGGAGUUUUCCAGGAUGGAAGUAAUUCAGUGACUGAACUGGGAAAAGGAAAUAGCUUAAGGAAAAUAAUUCCUUGCAAUCGACAAUGAAUUGUUCAAAAAUGAGGCGUUUUUACUGCUGAGUUUGACUUCUGAUUUAAUUUAUUUGUCCAUGUGGACAACAUAAAGACGUGAAUCCUCUGCAUUCAUGCAGUAAGAAGGUCGCUGCAUGAAUUACGUGAUGUAGCAGCCCACUGGACCCUUAAAAGGAAGUGGAUGUGGGAAGAUCUGAACGUCAAGUAGAGCACACAAACAAAUCUUUGCCCACUUGAUAGUGGCUCUUUCUCGUGUAGCAACAGCACCACCUCUCUUUCAACCUGCUGCAUGCGAUCAGGCCUGCAGAGUCGGAAAGGUUUUUGGACAGUGCAGCCUGCUGUAGAAUUCCAGCAGGAGAGACUGCUGACCUCUGACCCUUAAGCUUCUCAGUAGGACUGAAACAGAAGUUUCAGUUAGCGUUUCUAGUACCAAUUUUAUGUCUCCCUGCUGAGACCGCUAUAGUCUGUGUCAAUGUUUUUUAUUUCCUUCUAAGUCCUUCUUUUGGUCAGUGAGUCUGUUGAGAAGCAGUGGUGCCUUCUUUUUGGUAUGUCGGGGUUUGAUGUUGGGAGUGUGGGGGGGGAGGAACUAAGUCCAAGGCAGGAGUGUGAACGUUUAAAAGGAAUAGUGUGUUCCUGAUUGACCUCACAGUCGGGUGACUUGCCAUUUUGGGAGACAACAACUGCAACACAGAGUAAGUAAUUGUAGGGUUUUUUGCAAUAAAUUAUAAUCUAAAUGCCACUUUGGACACAACGCGGCAUGUCUGUGCGUUUAUUUGCUGCGGCCAACAGUCUGACAGUGAUGUAGGUCGUCUUGAUACUACAGAUUAUCUGAUGAAGGUGGUGUCAACAUGCUAGCAUUAGCUAUAUGAUAAUAUCAGUUCAUUUCGACUCAGUUUUGUUUUGUCUGGAUGAAAAUAUUCUAUUACCAAAUGCUGCAUUCACAUGUUGACAGUACAAAAACAGUCUUGUUGUUUGUUAGGGUGUUAUUCACAAUUGCAGUGACAGACAGUAAAUGAUGAUGGGAGAAAUGGGAAUGUUGAUCAGAGAGCACAUGG